AACAUUUGUACCAACCGCGUUUCAAUUUAAAUACGAGAAUUGGUGUGCUUUUAUUUAAAACAUUUUUGAUUUCUUAUAUUUUCAUUUGUUUUUAUUUAAUAAAAGCCACUGUGUGCUUUAACAAGGAGGUCAUCACAGCGUUCCUGUUUUUGCUUAAAAGGAAGUAAAACUGUCCAGCUUGACGUUUACUUUCCUUCUCGGUUCCCGUCCGUGUUUCUGGGAUGCUGAGCAGGCGGGCGGGGUCGAUUUUCCUUGCAGUGCCCUGUUGUGGCAGGACGAACGGAGCAGACACGGGAGGAGGCAGAGCACGGUUCAAUUUUUAACAUCUUCUUUUUGAUCUCCAGCAUUCUGCAAAUACAAUGGGAUCCCUAUAUAUUUGGUGUUAACGUCAAAAGCGUCGGAGCCUUCUCAUACGGACAUCUAGGUUUUCUCACAUCAGUAUACCGGAUUUUUUCUGUCGUGUCAGCCCGGUAGAAAAUAGUGUUUUUGGUUCUUUAGUGGAACUCCAAAUCCCACAGUAUGGCGUGGCCGUGCAUCAGCAGGGCGUGCUGCAUGGCCCGCUUCUGGAGCCAGCUGGACAAGGCGGACAUUGCAGUGCCUUUGGUCUUCACCAAGUACACGGACGUUUCGGAAAUGCAGCACAUCCAGCUGCAGCCGCCGCUCCAUCCUCCCCAGGCCCGGGUCGCCAUAGAAACGCAGCCGUUGCGUGCGGAAACCCGCACCGCGAAAACGACGCGCGGGCCGCGCAGGUGCGUCUCAGAGGAGCGCGUGUGCAGCUCGGUCAUGCGCGAGGACUUCAAGCACUGGAAGGUGCGACCGGAACCGAGCUGCAAACCCAAGAACCGGUACCAGGAGCCGGAGACGCCGUUCAACAGCGAGACCCAGUACCAGAAGGACUUCAAGCCCUGGCCCAUCCCGAAAAGGUACGACCACCCCUGGAUACCCAAACCCCCACCGGGCGAGGACCAACGACCCAGGCACGUGAAAAAGCAUGUAGCGCUGGAUGCGGAAUGCGGCGUGGAGAAAGGCGCCAUUGCCGACAAGGUGCAGGAGAAGGACCUGCUGCAGGGGAAGGAGAGGAAAAAGCGGUCCAGUAAGCAGGAGGGGGAGACAAAGGUGGUCCUGAAGGUGGAAGGAGAGGGCAGGGGGAGGGCGGAAGUGGAUGCCCUGAACCGACAGAUCAAAGAGGAGAUCACAGCGGGCAGCUCCUACAAAACUGAGUUUAAGGAGUACAAAGAUGUGAAGCCAGUAAAGAUGAUUCGGGCAAAGUCUCAGUACCUGCCUCCAGAUGAAAAGACAAGCUUAGAGACCAGCUACAGCGCCAACUUUAAGGGACAAGCUCCAGUCCAGGCCACUGACAACAAGGCCCAGGAAAGGAGGAGGAUACGCAGUUUGUACAGCGAGCCCUACAUAGAUCCCAGCAAACAGGUUGGCAGGUAUAGUGUCCCGCGCUCUAAACCUAAAAAGUCUGGAGCCCCCGCAGCAGGCCAGGGUAAACCAGUGAGGAAAGCCAAAGAUAAGCAAAGCGCCACACUGAAGGGCUUCAAGAAGACGACCUCGGAGAACCAGCCAGAGAACCGGCCGGCAGUUGGGGACAAGGAGAAAAAUCAUUAUAGUAACGGGUGGGCAGAAGCAUCCUCUUUCCUGUCUCCGCCAUUUGAUGCUACCCACCUCCCCCACUCUGCUCGCCUCCAUCUCCAGGUUGCCAUGGCUACUUGGCUGCCUAGCCAACCAAUGGAUGACUCUUGUUGCAUGGGCCCAUUUACAAGCACGUCUGAAGGGUUGGCUUUGAUCAGCUGAGCAGACUGCUUUGUAGAGUUUAUCAAGGAUUUGUCUUUCUUCCCUUCUUUUUAUUAUUUUGAAAGAAAAGGUGACUCAUAUUGGCUCUUUUGUAUGAAAUCUAUAAAGAAAAACAGCAAACUGGGAAAUCUUUGAUAAAUGUCCUGCUUAGUUAUUCAUGAUGUGUGCGUGAUCCACAGCUUGUUCUGUACUUGCUCUGUUUGCUUUUCUAUCAACUUAAAAGUCUGUGUUUGGCAGUAUCACCAUCAAUGCUUUGGUAAAAGUGAUUUCUGUUCCAGUGUUUUAUUGUGAACUCUGUUCAAUGAUAGUAAAUGCCUUUAAUUUUUCUAAGGAUCCUGUCGCCCAUUCAGCGUCUGCUCCUUUCAUGUAAAGCUCAUUCAUACCAUGGUAUGUUUUAACAGCCAGUUUGUUUCCAAAGUUACGGUUGGGUUACAUCAAAUGGAUUAUGCAUUAAAGUGCAGUCCUUUAGAGAGCAGAGGAGGACUCCCUAUGAGUUACAUAAUGUUGUGAUGCAGACGUAACGGUUUUAAACCUCAGUACUACCAUUUCUCAUAAUGAGGGUAGGAAGGCAUUCCGAGGAGCUCAGAACUGUUCGUGUUAAGUGGUGUUUUUGUUUUCUGCCUGCCAAGCACACAACGCUCACAGCUGUCAGCCUGACUGGUCAUAAUUCCAUAAAUAAACACUGUCUUUACUA